UACGUGAUGUGUAUUUUGUAUUUGUUUUCAAAUUUUAUUUCCUUUUUAUUUUUUAAUUGCUUUUUGUAUUUUUUGCUGUUCUCUAUUUUUAAAUUUCUCAAAUUUAAGUUAUUUUUAAUUAUCAACCAACACUUAAUUACUAACUAUAAUAUGUCAAUAAUACUACCAUAUUUAGUCUAUAAUUUUCUUCUAAAAGAACAAUGGAUAAAUUGUAUCAUAUUGUUAAAUUUAUUGAUGAAAAAGAUUCAGUGGCUGUUGUUCCCACUAAAUGGGUAACAAAUGGUAUUUGUCUAUGGCCCUGCUCAUAUAAGACCGAACGCCUUAACAGAGCCAUUAAAAAAUGUGAAGUUCCUGGAGAUGAUUGGACUGAAUAUGACAUAAGUAUCAUGUAUAACUCUGUAUCAUAUGGAAAAGCGAGAGAAAAACUACCUAUGGCAGAAGUUUCAUCAGAUUUUUUCUCAAAUAACGAGGGUGAAGAUUCAAUUAAUUCAGAAGAAAAUAGAAUUCAGAAGAGUCUUCGCCCUACCAGGUGAUGGUCUUUCUCAUGAUGAUCAUUAUGUGAUUAUAUGUAAUUUAGAUGAUGAUCAUCAUAUCAUGAUGUUGAUUUUCUUUCAUUAUUUUACAG